AGCAUUCGCUAGGCUCUCAUACCUGCACGAAUUAAUUUCUAUACCGUUAUGGAGACUCUCGAAUCCAGCCGUGUUUGCCGUCUUUGCGGCAAACAAUCCGGUAUCUCGAUUAAUAUUUUCGACAAGAAUGAAAGCCACGUGAAGAAAAUCAACGCCAUUCUACCAGUCAUGGUACACGAAAUGGAUUUGUUGCCAAAGCACAUGUGUCACCGGUGCAGUUACAAACUGGAAGAGUUUCACAAAUUUUACGUGGACUGUUUGAAAACGGACGCGGACUUGAAGAGUCAGCUGUCCUGGAUGAGAAAGGAGGACUCGAAGGAAAGGAUCGGUGUACCGAUGGUGCAUAUAGAGAACGUUAAGAUUAAGUUAGAGCCUCCGGAUUACGACGUGUACGACAUGAAUCCCAUAGUCGAUAAUGUCAACUACAUAAAUUCCGUGAGCUCGAUGACUUUUCCAGUAAACGGUGUCCGAUCCAACGAUAUUUCCGAGGGUAUUACGUAUACGGCGUAUACGCGUUGCGGUUGUUACUGUGAUAAAGCGGACCAAAGUAAUCAAACUGUAUGUACGAAUUAUAAAAAUACGAUAUCAAGGUGCAAUAGGCUAAACAGCGUUACCUCAAACGAAAAUAGCUGCGCCAAUGAAUUACGGGCUGUGAAGAAAAAUGUCUUAGAGAAUAAAACGCAUAGAAAACAAUCGAAUUUAACAACGGUCGACGAAGCUAAAAGGGAUAAAUUUAACGCGAACGAGGAACUACCCGCAAUUAUCGUUCGAAAUUUAAGGCCCAGAAAAGGUUUUAUAGACUACACGGGAACGAAAAAAAAACGUUCCGUUAUUUCGACGAAGAAUCGAUCCCAGAACACCGAUUCGAAGUUGUCGAUACCGUUGACAGAAUUUGUGCCAACGAAAAUUAAAGUUGAAGCAUUUGACGAAGUCGAGAGUCGUAUCUUGAGACCGAGAAAAGAAACAAUCGAUUACAUAGGACCAAAACGAAAGUACUCGAAGUCCGUAGAUAAGAACCAAAGAUCGCAAGAUACCAAGUAUCGAUCGAUAAAGAAAUGCAAAGUACGAAAUGUCGCGAACGAAUUGAAGAUACCUGCAGAAACGGUGCCGCUGUUGAACACAAUUAAAUUCGCCAUAAAGCAAGAGCAACUGGAUGAUUCGGAGGAUCGGACAGUGGCGCUCCAUGAACCCGUAUCCGCGAUACUGUCAACAAAUUGUGAACAGGACAAUACCGGCAAUUUGGUUGAUAAAAUUGAUUCACUGCCUAACAAUAUAGUCGCGAAUGUACAAAAGAGUAGGGUAUAUCAUAAUUUAUUGAAUCGAAUGCAACGCGACGACGAUUGCGGUGUAACUAACAAAUGGAAGUCGGUUAAUAAAUUAGGGAAGAUUGGCCUGAAUCGAAUCGCGGCGAUCAAGUAUCCGCCUAAGUAUUUAAGAAGUCAAAACUUAUAUCUUAGAAACGGAAAAGUAAAAAAGUUAGAUAACGAAGUAUCUGCCAGGAAAUUAGCGAGUCUUCGAAAUAUUACGAAUAGAGGUAAAAUAUCGAAAAAGAUCUCGACGUCACUGAUCGAUACUAUUAAGCACUACUGCGAGGAAUGUAACACGAGUUUCGCUAAUAGAGAAUUAUUUAAACUUCAUGCCUGUUAUCGUUGACUUUUUCUCGGAUAGAGAUUUAUUUUUGUUUGGGACACUUUACGGAUAAAGUAGUCCGUUCUACAUUGGUCCAAAUGAUUUCACCAAUGGUUAAAUGUGUGUAUUAUUCUUUAAAUUGCUAUAGUAACGUGACUAUAAUAUAUAUUUUUUUUUUAACAAAUUUUUACGAAAAUUCGAUUAUCUAUUUUUAUGAACAAAUAUGUAUAAUUAUAGUGUAUGAUAUACAAAUUAUAAUGAACGUUACGAUUUACGCUUAAGAGUUUGAUGUAGAUAAAGAUUCACGAACCGCCUUCAAAGUUCAAGAGAUAUAUAUUAUAUAUGAUAGAAAAAUAUAUAUAUAUUUUAAGAGAUAUCAAACAUUCAUAUACAGACGAUAUUGUGAUAUGCAAACGAUGAGAGAAUAAGUGCGCACUCGUUUUUCUGUGGAUAACCUCCAUAGUUUAAUACAUUUAUUGUAAAUAUCACCCAAUGCGACGGUAAUAUCAAUAUUUGUCAUUAUCAUCGACAUCGAGCGAUCAGUUUAAUUACCUAGCGAGUUGUACAUAAUUUUUAUAUUUUCUGCAACUUUUCGAUUCGAUGAUGCAUAUCAUACAACGCGAGAGCUGUCGUUAGUAUUACGAGGAAUAUCGUUAGGGGUUCGUGCAAAGUGAACACUGUCUAAUAUUUUUUUUAUUAUAAGCUUGUUAUAAAAUUAAAAGUUUAUUUACUAUUUCAUACUAAUUGCACUCGUCUUGCAAACUGAUCGUUAUUACAAUGUUCUUUAUUAUCCAUUAAUUUAUAUAAUAAAAAACUUGCAACCAUUAUUGGGUAUAUCUUUAUAUGAACGAAUCGAUUAAUAAAUUAUAAUUACAGUGCAAAAACAUA